AUGCACGUCUGGUUUUUGUUACUUGUAUGUGUUCUAACCACAAUAGCUCAAGAUUUAAAUACAUUCGGAAUUGGACUUUCAAGUCAAUGGCUUUAUCCAACCGAGACUGAAAUUUUAACUCAUACACUUGCUCCAGGUUCAAAUUUUGGUGUUCUUACUCAUUUUUGGACAACUGGUGAUCCGGCUAUUGAUCAAUCGACUUUUUCGUAUUAUAUCGAUGGAGAAAGUGAGCCAUCAAUUCAAUUUGUAACUUAUAUGUUAGCUGGAGCUGGAUUUAAUGAUCAAACAUCACCUUGGGGAACAAAAUGGAUUGGUAAAGGAGCACAAUCAGGUGGUUGGUAUAAUAAUUUUCGAGUUCCAUUUCAAAAAUCAAUUCGAGUCACUGGUAAAUUACCGUCAACUGUUAUGGAUAAAAAAAUUAUUUGGAUAAUUGUACGUGGAACAGAAAAUUUGCCAACAUCUUUUCAUGGUUUUCAACUUCCAUCAAAUGCUCGUUUAACAUUACAGAAAAUCGAAAAUCAAACAUAUGAUCCAUUAGCAUGGGUACGUGUUGUUGAUAUACCAACAGGCCAUGGUUUACUUCUUUCACAUACAUUAGCUGUUAGUAGUGGUAAUUUAAAUUUCUUAGAAGGUUGUUAUCAUGCAUAUACUUCACAUGAACAACAAUUUCCAGGUUUAAUUGUUUCUACUGGAACAGAAGAUUAUUUUGAUAGUGCGUUCUAUUUUAAUGCUGGACAAUUUCAUUUUGAAGUUUCAGGUUAUUCACAUUUUCGACAAGUAUCAAAUAAUUCACUUGAAUGGUCAGCUUAUCGUAUGCAUGAUUUAGAUCCAAUAUUUUUUACAAAUGGUUUUCGUUUUGAAUGGAGAAAUGGCGAUGUUGUUGAUGAUCGUGGUUUUAAAUGUAUUGUUGAUCAAGGUGGACAUGUUGUUGGAUCACCAACACAAUCAAUUGUUACAUCAUAUGCAUGGGUUUAUGUUUGGUAG